UGUUUCUUUUCCAAGUGCCUCCCAUCGAAGAGAACUUCGAUGACAACAAGCACUCGCUGAAGCCCUGGGACACCAAGAGAGCUCUCGUCACUCCUCGGCACGGCCCGAGUCCUGCGAGGUCCCGGGAAUCCAUGGGGGGGCUGGGCUACGACCCCCCAGGACUCCCCUCACCUCUGCAGAGCUCCCUGAGUAACCCGUCCCUGCAGUCCUCCCUGAGCAACCCCAACCUGCAGGCCUCGCUGCAGGCCUCGCUGCGCGGGCCCUCCCUCAGCAACCCCUCCCUGCAGUCCUCCCACAGCAGCUCCUCCAUCCCCUCCUCGCUGUCCAACCAGUCCCUGCCCUCCUCGCUGUCCUCCUCGCUGUCCAACCCGUCCCUGCCCACGUCCCCCCGCAGCCAGCCCCUGCAGUCCUCGCCCAGCAACCCCAGCCUGCCCUCGGGGCUGGGGGGCUCCUUCGGGACCACCACGUCGUCUCCCCGGCGCCGGGUCCCGCUCAGCCCCCUGUCCCUGCCCGUGGCCGGUGACUCCAGGCGGCAGCACCCCAAACAGUUCUCACCAACAAUGUCACCCACAUUGUCCUCCAUCACCCAGGUAUGCAUGGCUCCAUCGCCGCGCCGCCUCCUCGUCCUCCUCGUCCUCCUCCUCUUCCUCCUCCUUGUCCUCCUCCUCAUUUUCCUCAUCGUCCUCCUCAUCCUCCUCAUCCUCCUCCUCUUCCUCCUCCUUGUCCUCCUCCUCAUUUUCCUCAUCGUCCUCCUCAUCCUCCUCCUCCUCGUCCUCCUCCUCGUCCUCCUCCUCAUUUUCCUCAUCGUCUUCCUCGUCCUCCUCAUCCUCCUCCUCGUCCUCCUCCUCAUUUUCCUCAUCCUCCUCAUUUUCCUCGUCCUCCUUAUCCUCAUUGUCCUCCUCAUCCUCAUCAUCCUCCUCAUCCCCAUCCUCCUCCUCGUUCUCCUCCUUGUCCUCCUCGUCCUCCUCAUCCUCAUUGUCCUCCUCAUCCUCAUUGUCCUCCUCAUCCUCAUCAUUCUCCUCCUCCUCCUCCUCCUCCUCCUUAUCCUCAUUCUCCUCCUCAUCCUCAUCAUCCUCCUCCUCCUCGUCCUCCUCCUUGUCCUCCUCCUCCUCCUCAUCCUCAUCAUCCUCCUCAUCCUCAUCGUCCUCCUCAUUGUCCUCAUCAUCAUCCUCCUCAUCCUUCUUGUCCUCCUCAUCCCCCUCCUCCUCAUCCCCCUCAUCUUCCUCCUCCUCCUCCUCAUCCCCCUCAUCUUCCUCCUCCUCCUCCUCCUCCUCCUCCUCCUCCUCCUCCUCCUCCUCCUCCUCCUCCUCCUCCUCCUCCUCCUCCUCUUUCUCCUCACUCCCCUUCCCCUCAUUCCCCUGUCCUCCCCUCCUUUGUCCCCCACCUCAUCUUCCUCUUCCCUGUCCUCCUCCUCCUCCUUUGUUUUCCUCUUCUUAGUCCUCCUUGUCUUCCUCCUCCUCAGCCUCUUCUUCCUCAACCCUCUCUUGCUCUGUCCCCUUGUCCUCCUCUUCCUCGUCCCCCUCCUCGUUGUCCUCAUCCUGCUCUUCCUUGUCCCCCACCUCAUCCUCCUCUUUCCCAUCCUCUUCCCUGUCCUCCUCCUCAUCCUUCUUGUCUUCUUCCUCCUCCUCUUCCUCCUCCUCAUUACCCUUUUUCUUGUCCUCCUUUUCUGUGUCCUUCUCCCAUCCUCCUUGUCCUCCUCUUUCUCCUUGUUCUACUCUUCCUCCUCCUCAUCUUCCUCUCAUCCUCCUUGUCCUCCUCUUCCUCCUUGUCCUGCUCUUCCUCCUCCUCCUCCUCAUCUUCCUCCUUGUCCUCCUUGUCCUUUCAUCCUCCUUGUCCUCCUCCCCCUCACUCACCUCAUGUCCAUCCUCAUCUCACCCACCCCCAGGGCCCCCCUCGCCCCCAUUCCCCCUCAGACCCCCCUCAGACCCCCCUCAGACCCCCCCAGCCCUGCCCACACUGGGGGGACCCUCCACGUCCCUCCCAGCCCCCCCCCCACAGGCAGGGCUGGGCUGGGGGGUCUCAGUGCUGGCAGCCCCGGGGGGGGCCAGUGGAGCCCCCCAGAGUGGGGGUGUCCCAGUGGAGCCCCCCAGAGUGGGGGUCCCCCCAGAACGGGGGUGUCCCGCUGA